CUUGCAGAGAGAUAUUUAAGCCACCAAUUCUUAUCAGAUCUGGUGGGGGAAUUUACAAUUUUCUUUAUAAAUUGAGACUCUCUUCACAGGAUUCUGGACAAGUCAAAGUUGAGGGAACUAAUAUUUUGGGUAAACUUCAAAUAACAUGGCGUACAAAUCUGGGUGAGCCUGGCCGCUUACAAACACACAGCAAAUACUUGGCACUGUAAGAAUAUGCUCUUCAAUUUCUACUUUUAAGUAUCCUAUUUACUUUGGGAGUUUAUGGCUUGCAUGAAUUAAUGGCUAAUUAGGUUGUAUUUUUCCACUGCAAACUGAUGGGGUUACCUCCCUUUAUAGGUUUUUUUGAUACUUCAUGGUAAUCCUUGUGUUGAACCUUUAUACCCUCCUUAGGUACCAUUGGACAUGUUAUGAAGUAUUAUUCUGUUUUAUACAAGUUCAUGGCAUUAAGCAGUUGGAGUGGAAUAGACUUUCUGGAAUACACUUAGGACAUUUUCUACCUAUAAUAGUUAUAUUUUCUUAAAGUUUUCUGGUUCCUGAUGAUUGGUUUUUCAGCUUCGGAAUCAUAUUGAUAGAAAGCCCUAGCAGCAGCUUUGGAAUCUUAGUGUUAGAAAGCUCAAGCAGCCAAAACUCCGAUUUUCUAAUCAAGGAUUACAUGCACAUAGAGAAGUUACCCUUUUAUGUUAAUGACAUGCAUAUAUACACAUAGAAUGGAUCUUGUUUUCAGCUUCUGGAAAUUAUCUUUUGCAGCCUAUUGCACACAAAGAUGUCGAGUUGCGUUUAGUGGAAGUUCCAUCUGUAAUCAACUUGGAUAGGCCCUUUUUGGUACACUUGAAUCUUGUAAACCAUACUGAUAGUAAGUUGGGCCCCUUCGAGGUUUUCUUAUCACAAAAUAAUUCACACGAGGAGAAGGUUGUUAUGAUUAAUGGUCUUCAGACAAUGGCAUUACCACAGUUGGAGGCAUCUGGUUCCACAGAUUUCCAUCUGAAUCUAAUUGCAACAAAACUUGGGGUCCAGAGAAUUAUGGGCAUUACAGUAUUUGACACACGAGAGAAGAGAAAUUAUGACCCAUUGCCAGAUUUGGAGAUUUUUGUGGAUAUGGAUUGAUUAACAGGUUAAGUCCGAUGGCUUUGGCUUGAGGAGACUUGCGGCUUGCGUAAUAUUUUAGAGAAUGAUUCAUCAAUUUAGCAAAGAUGUGAUUUCUACAUGGCAUAACUGCAAAAUUAAACAGUUUUUUUCACUGUUUACAAUUGGGGGCAAUAUUUUGAAAUUUACCAUGUGGUUUCAACGUAAAUGAAUCUAGGGCACUUGCAGUGCUGGUUGCAAUUGCACUGGCAAGAGCACACCCAUAGCCUUUGCUGUAUG